AUGCCCAAAGACAACACAGGCAACCAGGCGGGGGGAGCAACCAGGUGGCACCUUUUUGCCUGGGAAGCUGGACACGAGAGGAGUUAUGCUGUGUCUAGGAAAAUUGAACCAUUCUACAAAGGAGGAAAAAUUCAGAUAAGCCAAGAUGGAAAACACAUGUUUUGCCCCUGUGGGACAAAACUAAAUGUAAUGGACAUAGCAACAGGAGCCCUCGUUCACAGCAUCGAACAGGAUGAUCUAGAGGAUAUUACAUCAUUUGUUCUUAGCCCUGAUGACGAGAUUCUUGUGACGGGAAGCCGGGCGUUGCUGCUAAAGCAGUGGGAAUGGAGAGAGAACAAGUGUAGACGUACAUGGAAAGCAACACACACGGCACCAGUGGCCACCAUGGUCUUUGACUCCACUUCCACCUUGUUGGCCACAGGUGGCUGUGACAGCACCAUUAAGAUCUGGGAUGUUGUCAAACAGUAUUGCACGCAUAACCUGAAAGGAUCUUCAGGGGUUGUACACAUUGUCGAGUUCCAUCCUGAUAUCUCCCGCUUGCAACUCUUCUCCUCUUCCAUGGACUAUAAAAUCCGGAUCUGGGACCUGAAAUCCAGCAAGUGCAUCGCCUCUCUCGACGGACACUACAGUGCAGUCACCUCUCUGGCUUUCACUGCAGAUGGGGACACGCUCGUCAGUGCCGGUCGUGAUAAAAUCUGUAUGGUAUGGGACCUGAAAACAAGAGAAGCCAAGAGGACAGUUCCUAUAUAUGAGAGUGUGGAGGCCGCAGUAUUGUUACCGGAGGGUGGAGAUUUCUCACACGUAGGUGUGAAGAAACAAGGGCUUCACUUUCUCACAGCUGGCAGCAAAGGGAUCCUGCGCAUAUGGGAAGCCGCCACAGCUGCCUGCGUGUACACCCAGAUUGUGCCCUACCGACGGGUGGACACCAAGGAGGAAGAAGGGGGCAGCGUGCGCAGUCUGACACAUUGCAUGCUCGUGCCGGGGAAAAAUGAGAUCGCGGCUGUGACAGCUGAGCAUAAUAUCCUCUUCUACGAUGCCCAGACACUUCAACUCAGAAAGCAGUUUGCAGGUUACAACGAUGAGGUUCUGGAUGUGCGGUUCCUGGGCCUGGCUGACUCUCACAUUGUGGUGGCUACUAACAGCCCUCAGCUGAAAGUGUUUGAGCUGGCAACGUCGCACUGCCAGAUCCUGUACGGCCACACAGAAACGGUUCUUGCCUUGGACGUCUUCAGGAAGGGCUUGAUGUUUGCCAGCUGUGCUAAGGACAGAAGCCUCCGGGUUUGGCGGAUGGAUAAAGCAGGCGAGGUGACCUGCGUGGCCGAGGGAUUGGGUCAUGCCCAUGGCGUGGGCGCGCUCUCUUGCUCAAGAAUGAAAGAGAGCUUUGUAGUCACUAGCAGCCAAGACUGUACGAUCAAAGUCUGGAAUCUCCCAGAGUCCCUCACUGCCAAAGCAAAAGCAGGCUUGAUCGCCAGCCCUGAAACACUCCAUGCCCACGUGACUGAGAGGGGUCACGACAAGGAUAUAAACAGUGUGGCAGUGUCUCCAAAUGACAAACUGAUCGCCACCGGCUCGCAGGACCGGACGGCCAAGCUGUGGUCCUGCCCUGAUUGCUCUCUGAUGGGCGUCUUCUCGGGACACAAGCGUGGGAUCUGGUGCGUGCAGUUUUCUCCCGUGGAUCAGGUCCUGGCCACCUCCUCCGCAGAUGGCACCGUGAAGCUGUGGGGUCUUCAUGACUUCAGCUGUUUGAAGACUUUUGAAGGCCACGACGCCUCAGUGCUGAAGAUGGCUUUUGUGAGCCGCGGGACACAGCUGCUUACGAGAGGGGGGCACAUUCGGCUCUGGAGUAAGCAAGGGUUUAUUGUUUGUUAAACCAACGAGUGUGUGAAAACAUUAGACGGUCACGAAGAUAAAGUGUGGGGUCUCCACUGUAACAAACAGGAUGACCUGGUCGUGACAGCAUCCAGCGAUUCCUGCAUCAUCCUGUGGAAGGAUGUCACUGAAAUUGAACUGGAAGAGGAGCAAGCUAAGCAAGAGGAGCAGAUUAUGAAAGACCAAGAGCUUUCCAACCUGCUCCAUGAGAAAAAAUACCUGAAAGCGUUAGGGCUGGCAAUCUCUUUGGAUCGGCCACAUACAGUGCUGACCGUGAUCAAAGCCAUCCUUAAGGAAACGGAUGGGAAAGAGAACUUGAAAAAGAACCUCCUCAGACUGCGGCAGGAUCAGAAAGAGUCAGUGUUGAAGUUCUCUGUGACGUGGAACACGAAUUCUCGAAACUGCCAUGAGGCUCAGGCUAUCCUCGAAACCCUCCUGACGCAUGAAGCGCCCGAGUGUCUCCUACAGUACGAGGGGAUUAAAUCGGCGGUGGAAUCCCUCCUGCCCUACACCGAGCGCCAUUUCCAGAGACUGGGACGCCUCUUGCAAGCCUCCAUGUUCGUCGAUUUCAUGUGGCAAAAUAUGAGGCUAGCAGAUGCGCCCGAGCGGGAGGAGGACAUGAGCCUGUGACCAUGGAUGAGCUGCUCUCAGUCUGCUGAGCUGAGGACACACCCCCCGACUGAGCAGCUGGACGCUGAUGUUAGUGGCUCUCGGUACAGUUGGAGGAUUUUUAUAAUGUUCCCAGUUUGAUUUUAUAAAUAAGCGAGUCCAGCCUCGCCGUGCUGCCUGCUCAGCGCCGUAGAUCAGGAGGGUGUAGGCCUCCUGCCGAGUCCGACUCCUGCUCUGUUGGGUCCAGAGCAAAGGUCCUUCAGCCAUUAGUGCUGCACCCUGCUGCGAGACCACCCCAAGCCCCCGCUUUCUGCGUCUGCCAGCCUGUCUUUGCUCAUUCUCCUCUGCGGUGACAUCCGACGAAGCAUCCUCGCUGUGGAGAGCGUGGGGGCAAUGUCGAGCUACAUUAUGCAACUUCAGCUCCAUGAGAAGCAUAGCUGGAGUCGACGUGCCUUAGAGUGACUGCGGGGGGGGGGCCAGGAGUAAAACUCUCCCAU